ACACACAUAGACUGAAAUUGAAACUUACAAGGAGAUAAAAUGGCGGCUGAUGACACUGGCAGGACGGUGAAGCUAGGGCGGCGAGCUGUGCAGUUUCCUUCGGCUGAACUACAAGUUCUGGAGGACUGUAAUCACUUGCUUGGAGAUCUAGCUGCACUGAAACGUGAGCUGCAAGAGAAGGGAUACUUGUUCAUUCGCGGCUUCCAUGACCAAGAGGAGGUGCUUGCUGCCCGACAGGCGGUUCUGGAACAUAUUGACAGUUUUGGGAGCACCCUCAACAAGCAGCAUCCAAUCAGAGAAGGCGUGUUGAGAGAUGGGUGUGGUCUCGGAUGUGUGCCUUUGAUGGAGGGGAAAAACGAUAUCACUCACAGCGAGUUGGUGUUGCGAGUGUUGGAGGGGAAGAGACCUCUGAAGUUUUUCCGGGAGUUUUUCAAAGAUGAAGUCAAAACGUUUGACUACAAGUGGCUUAGGUUCCAGAAGUUCCAAGAGAAAUACGGAAACAUGGACGCCGAGAAGGAAAAUCUUCAAGGUACGGGCUGGUUCACGGAAGAUCCUUACGAGAUCACGAGCAAGUUCGGUGGUCAGUGGAAGACGGUGGACUUCUCCGCUGGUGAUGUGCUCAUCUUUGGCAUGAG